CUGGGGGCAGCAGGCUCCGUUUGAGGGAACCUUUGGACCACUCCCCCCACAGAGUUGAGGAUUCAGGAUUUGCCUUGCGUGCAGCAGAGUCAACAUGUCCUCAUCUCCCGUCCAAAACUUCUUCGUCACCCAUUUAAUGCCGGAGAAAUGUUACGCGCGGCUUUUCGUCAACUUCAACUUGCACGUGCCAUGUUUGACUUUAUUCCUCAACAAAAUCAUCGGAUCGUGGAUUCUUUUGGACAUAGUUUUUGCUCAGCUCCUGCAGCUGCUGCGGAUUCUCUGGAGACGAAAUGCGGAGGGCUCGUGUCCAGCUUCCGUCCUGCUGCAACUUUACGCCUCGUCUGGACCCGUCCUAUUCGCCGCGGCCCGCGACUUCCCACUUUUCGCCUGGGGUGAAAGGCUUUUCUUGAGCAUCCAGACGACGACGACGAUUGUCUUCCUCAUCCUGCAUUAUCGGGGAGACACCGUUAGAGGAAUUCUGUUUGUGUUGGCUUACGGUGGUUUAAAAGCAUGCACCUGCGCCGUCAUGCGCAGACUCAUGACUCAUGCACCUGCGCCAGUCAUCUCGGCAAUGCAGUCUUCCAGUUUGGCAGCAAUAAUUGCAAGCAAGGCUCUGCAGGCAGGAAGUAACUUUAAAAAGGGCCACACGGGUCAGAUGUCCUCCACGUCUGUUUUGCUGUCUUGCGCAGCCUCCCUGGGCCUCAUGUUUGUUUCGCUGCAGGCAUGUCCAUAGGACGAAAACAUCUUUUUGCACUUAUCAUCGCCGGCUGCCACUAAUUAGGCGAAUUGAACUUUGUUUUUGUAGGACACAGCUAAGUCUCUUGCAACCGCUAGCUACCUCGUGUCAGCCUGCUUCAGCUGCAUCCUGCUGGCUCAGGUCCUCUGCUAUGGGAGCAACAAAACUAGUCCAAAAAAAGAAGACUGAGCAAAGAUGGAGGACAGAGAAAACCAGAUUGAGUCCUGAAGAACAGGGAGAAAGCCCACACAAGCACAGCUGAGAGCUGGGCCCAAAACCUCAGAACUGUGCGGCAGACACGCCAACCUCUAGGUCACUGUUCUGCCGUAUGAGGUUUACGAUGAGAACAAUUUCCAAACGUUGUCCAUGUAGAAGAAGUGGAGAUAGUCAUGUAUGUGGACGUUCACAUUUAAGUACAAAAAAACAAAACGUUUUUGAUUUAUUUUGUGUGCCAGCCGAUAAAGAAAACCUGACUUCUGGGAAACCCUUGUAAGUUUUCAGUUUGGGUUGAUAAACAAUACGUAGCUCAUACAUGAACUGUGUCUUACAGACGUCUUCUGUGUAAUACAUACAGGAGUGAGUUCUUUGUCCUGACCAUUCGUUCAUAAAAGUGCACAUUUUUUAAAAUGUGUGUAUUUGUAAAGCAUAUAUAUAUAUAUAUAUAUAUAUAUGUAAAGCUAAACAUUCAUGAGAGUGUCAGGUCAAAAGAUGAUUUAUUUGCAUUUCUUGUCCCCUGUCCACAAAUAGUAGUUUCCCCAAUCAAGACAGAGGAGUUGGCAUCACAUUCACAUUCAAUUGACAUGUUGCUGCAUGUAACAGCUAUUUAGUGGUACAGUUAGAAGUCAAAUGUGCUUAAAGCCAACACGACGCUAACUUCACAGUUGCUAAUCUGAUUUGAUCUAAAAAAUUGAAAAUAAAAAGGCUAAGCAACAGCAUAACAGGAAUUUCCUUAAUGUUUCAUUAUUCAGUAACGUCUGGAAAGGUGUGUUGGAAAUCUAGCUACACGAAUGCUAAUUGCACACGUAAAUUGUACAGUACAUUACGAAGUCACCCAAAGAAAAAGGCUUCCAGAUCACAAAAGGAUGCACAGUAUUAUCAAUGUAUAAAAGUUCUGAUACUGGUGUCAGAUAUUUAAAAAAACAAAAAAAAAGCAAAUAGGUCAAGCCUUUGUUGUGAACAUUAGUCAUGGAUUUUACAGUAAAAGAAUAAAUAAAAACCUUUUAACGAUUUGCUGAUGAUAAAGCAGUUCAUGAUGGCACCUAUGUCCGUGAAAUGGGAGUUCAAAAUUAUCUUCACAAAUAUGAAAUCUCUGGAGACGUAGUUGGAACUA